AUGAACCAUUUAGGAAGAUGUAUGUCGAGGAUCGGGAGGCCGUUUGUCGUAGGUCACAGGGGUGCAAGUGCUGCAUAUCCCGAAAAUACAAUGUUAUCGAUUGAACAAGCGAUUGCGGAUGGCGCUGAAGCUAUAGAGUUUGACAUUCGUCUAACUCUUGAUAAUGAGGUGGUGAUCAUGCAUGAUGCUUUGUUGGAUCGUACAACAACAGGACAUGGGUUGAUAUCCGACAAGAAUUAUUUUGGAGACAUCGAAUACCUCACUACAAAAAAAGAGCCACAUUGCCCGAUUUCCCGAUUUCAAGAUGUACUUGAUCUUCUUUCAAAAGCAGAGAAUUCUCACAUUUGGGCCGUAAUUGAUGUUAAGAUACAAAACUCCCCUAAAAUUCUUAUAACGUUGAGUGAAAUCUUUAAAUCACGCAAUAAAGAUUUUUCCGAAUUCUCUAAACAAUUUUCAUUAGGAAUUUGGCAUCCAAAAUUCAUUCCGUAUGCGAAAACUUAUUUACCCGGAAUCUCAAUAGUAUACAUAGGCGUUUCAUUAGACAUAGCAAGAGAAUAUUUUAACAAUGUGGACGGGUAUAACAUUAAAUACAUCGCAUUAUUUGGUGAUCAUGAACAAAAAUUUAUUAAGGAAGCCCACGCUAAAGGAAAACCCGUGUUUGCAUGGACUGUUAACGAGGAAGUUCAUGCAAGGAAUUGUCAUAAUUGGGGCGUCGAUGCCAUAAUGACUGAUCGAACCAAACUUUAUGUGGACUUUUUUAGAGACCAAAGGCACGAAGAGAGAUCUCUAAGCAUUGAAAGGAGGAAAUACAUGUUUGGUCAACAAAGUCCCAUCCCUCUUCCUUUCGUUGGCAAUCUUUUACAAUACAGGGGAAACCCAGCAAUAUGGGCAAGUAAUCUUCGAGAGAAAUAUGGAGAUUUCUGCGAAAUAUAUAUGGGAAAUGAACGUCACAUAUGGUUAUCCAGGGCUGAUCUUGUAGAAAAGGUAUUCAGUCCUUCAUUAAAUAGUAAUUAUUUGAUUAAGAUCACGCCAAGGGAAGGAUUAGAUGAGAUCGAUGUAACUACGAAAGGGUUUACCUUUAAUAGGAGUUUGGAGAGUUGGAGGUUUAAUCGAAGAUUUUUUAAUCAGGCAAUCAGUUCGUUGAAAUUUAUGAAACAGAACGUCAUGAUAACGCAGAACUUAUUCAAAGAAAUGGAUGAUUAUUGGAGGGAUUUAAGAAUUCAGACGGAAAAUACAAGUGGCAAAGAAUUUACACUUAACUUAUCGGAAUGGAUGACGAGAUUCGUGAUGGAUGUCAUGUUUGUUAUAACAACAAAUAAAAGAGUAUAUUCAUUUGCUAAUUAUUUUAAUCAAUUAUCUGGCACAAGGAUGAGACAACAUUCGGAAAUUGACCUGGCCGAAUCGGAGAAUUUCGUUAAUAAUAUUCACUCGUGGCUCUGCGCUUUACAAUUUUAUAUGGAUACACCUACAUUAUGGAGGAAAUUUAUUCCCCGAGUUAAAGAAAGGGCCGAUUUCUUGAAGGGCGAAGUUGAUCGAUUGAAUCAUACUUAUUUGGAAUUAAUUAGGCAGAGGAAAAAAGAGAUUGAGAUGACCCCGAAUGAUGAACAAUUGACACCUGAUAUGCUGACGAUGUUGUUGACCGUAAACACACCAAGAGAUAUUACGGUUAAUCUUGCAGAUGAUCAACAUACGAGACCCUUGACUGAUGAGGAAGUUCGCGGAAAUAUCAUGGAAGCCAUCAGUGCUGGAGUCGACACGACUGCAAAUACAUUUUGUUUUAUUGUGUAUCAUCUUGGGCGUUACCCGGAUGUCAAGGAACAAAUGCUUAAAGAAUUCAAUUCAAUCUUUGGAGAUGAUUUAAAUCGUCCAGUUGAACACGAGGACUUGAAUAAAUUGGUUUAUUGUGACGCUAUCAUUAAAGAAGUUUCUCGGAUGAUGUCAAUAGUACCGGUCAUAUUUAGAAUGUCAAUCAAAGAUGAUAUGAUACAGAGACAUAGAUUUUCAGCAGAGACACAAAUUAAUGUUAAUGUACCAGCAAUUCAUAUGCAUCCAGCACAUUGGAAGGAUCCCGAAAAAUUUGAUCCUUCACGAUUUCUGAACCAAGGCGUACCAGGUGGAAAUAAGAUCUCAAAGAACUCUCUAUUGAUUUUCGGUGGAGGGCCAAGGAUGUGUCCGGGAAAGAAUUUAGCAAUGACCGAAUUGAAAACUUUGAUGGUCUUGCUGUACAGAAAAUAUGAUGUGGAAUUAGUUGACAUGAAUGAACCUGUUAAAUAUCAUUAUUCUGUUAUAAAACAUUGUGAUAAUUUAAUGAUUAAGAUUAAAGAGAAAAUUCUUAAGUAG